GUUUUACACCCUGUUUUGCCUUUUUAUUGUGGUAGUUUUACGGUUGUAUACGUGUUUUUAAAUUCUGCGUUGUUUUCCACUUCAAUAUGGUCGUCUCGCGAAAAACCGGGACGGAUGAAGCCCUCGCGUCUUCGUUUGAUGAGUCAAAUGCACCUUGCAGCAAUUCUGCCUGUUCAAGGCCAGUCACAGAUUCAUCUGGUGGUAUGCAGUGUGAUAUUUGCUCUCGUUGGUAUCACAAAAGUUGUACCGGCCUCCGAGCGAAUCAGUACAAGAUGCUAUCAUCCAGUGAAAGCCUUCUUUUUAGAUGUGCUGAUUGUUGCGCUCAGAAAGCGAAGCUCCCGGCUUUCACCUGUGCUGAAUUCAAAGCACUAGCGUCCAGAUUCACAGUUGUCGAGAAGGCAUUAGCCGAGCUUGCCUCACUUGCCUCGCUCAAUUCUAAAGUGGAUUUGAUUAUGAAAUCCCUGAAUAUCGCGAAUGUGGACGCUGUAACUGACUGUCCUGCUGAUAGUCCAACCGUUGACGAGGAGUUCAUCCUACCGGACGCUCCUGUUCACGUGGAUAUGACAGACACAGAUGCCUCGGACGGCAUUGUUGACCCUCCCCAAAUGGAAGGCGAAUCACGGGCUCCUGAGCCAUUAAAGAAUAAGCGUAAGAGAGUAAGGAAAGCGCGCAAACCCUCCGCCCCCAAACCGGAAGGUGACAAAAUGCUCAAGAAGCAAGCGCCUGCUUUGAAAACACCACCUGGUGUUGCACUUCCCUCAGUGAGACAAGAGGUGCCGUCGCCUUCGGUUUCACCAAUUCCCGUCAGACAACCAUAUGGCGUGGAUGGUAGAGCAUGUGGUGUAAAUACACCUCGUCGAGGCGAUUCUUACACAGAUAGCAGUGUGAUUUUCAGAAACGUCACUGAAUCCACUGCAGCUCUUCCUGCCGAGCGCAUGCUUGAGGAUCUUGAUUGGCUUAAAGUUUGUGUGACCAGGCUUUUACCACCAGGUUUCCCUGGCGUUACUGUCAGGAAGCUCAUCAGAUUGGGGAACGUUACGGUUGGUCAACCAAAUCCUCGACCCCGUUUGCUUAGGGUGGUCCUCUCCACCCCAGAAGAGCGCAGGGCCUUACUGAGAUUUGCCUUCAAACUCAAAGGUACCGCGGUUAGUGUGCAACCAGACCUUCCGUUAGCGGAUAGGUUAAAGUUAAAGGAAGCCAUCAGAGACCUAAAAGCCCGGCGUGCAGCUGGCGAGCAAGGUCUCCGAUUGGUGGGUUUUCAGGUGGUCAGCCGGCGGUCCUUUUCCGCCCUGCCAGAACCUAUACUAAUUGCGCACGACCCAGGGCUGGUCGGGCCGAAACACUCCAAGUAGUACUUAGUAACGUGCGUAGCCUGAGGAACAAAAUGUGCGAGGUGGGUCUGCUCGUAGACAAAUCUCGUCCAGAUAUACUUGCUUUCACCGAAACGUGGCUGUCUGAGGAAAUCACAGAUGGCGAAGUAUAUCUGCCUGGCUACGCACUGUUCCGCGCUGAUCGCUCCACUGGCCGUCAAGGGGGUGGUGUAGCUCUUUAUGUGAGUUAUCACAUCGACGUAUUGAGGACCAGCGUUUUUCAGUCUCUCGACAAAUCUGUUGAGGCUCUCGCAGUCUUGAUUUGCGCUUCCUCGGUUCAGGUUACGGUUGUGUUAGUGUAUAGAAGCCCUAUGAGCACCUCCAAUGGAAUCAUUGACUUUAUACGCACUCACUCUGCGAACAAGUGUCUGGUGCUGGGAGACUUUAACCUCCCAGAUGUUUGUUGGGAUGAUCUAUCUUGCAGUUCGACGCUGGAAUCGUUCGGUACAGAACUGCUGGACUUGACGCUGCAGGUACCACUACACCAGUUCGUGGACCUCCCCACUAGGUACAUGAGCAAUCAGCAGCCGUC